CGGUAACGCGCCGCGACGGUCAUCUCGCCGCACACAAAGGUUGAUUCACUCAACCACACCUUCCUCCACCAUGUCUUCCGCCAUGGCCACCCAGCAGUUCACCGCCAACGUGCUCCGCACCGGCGCUCGCAACGCCCGCAAGGCUCCCCGUGCGGCCUCUCGCAUGACCGUCCGCGCGGCGCAGACCGAUCUGACCCUUCCCAUCGACCUCCGCGGCAAGAAGGCUUUCGUCGCCGGCGUUGCCGACGACCAGGGCUUCGGCUGGGCCAUCUCCAAGUGCCUCGCGCAGGCCGGCUGCGAGGUCAUCCUCGGCACCUGGGUCCCCGCGCUGAACAUCUUCGAGACGUCCCUCCGCCGCGGCAAGUUCGACGAGUCCCGCAAGCUCUCCGACGGCUCCCUCAUGGAGUUCGCCAAGGUGUACCCCAUGGACGCCGUGUUCGACACCUACGACGACGUCCCCGAGGAGAUCCGCACCAACAAGCGCUACGCCGGCAACGAGAAGUGGACCGUCGCGGAGUGCGCCGAGCAGGUUGAGAAGGAUUUCGGCAAGAUCGACAUCCUCGUGCACUCGCUCGCCAACGGCCCGGAGGUGGCGAAGCCCCUCCUCGAGACCUCCCGCAACGGCUACCUCGCGGCCCUCUCCGCCUCCUCCUACUCUAAGGUGUCCAUGCUCCAGCGCUUCGGCCCCAUCAUGAACAAGGGCGGCGCCGCCAUCUCGCUCACCUACCUCGCGUCUGAGAAGAUCAUCCCGGGCUACGGCGGCGGUAUGUCCUCCGCCAAGGCGGCGCUGGAGUCCGACACCCAGGUUCUCGCCUACGAGGCCGGGCGCAAGUGGGGCAUCCGCGUCAACACCAUCUCCGCGGGUCCCCUCGGCUCCCGCGCGGCCAAGGCGAUCGGUUUCAUCGACGACAUGAUCAACUACUCCCUCACCAACGCGCCCCUCGCGGAGAAGCCGCUCACCGCCAUGGAGAUUGGCCAGACCGCCGCGUUCCUCUGCUCCCCCCUCGCGUCCGGUAUCACCGGCUCUUGCAUCUACGUCGACAACGGCCUCCACGCCAUGGGUCUCGCCACCGAUGCCAAGUCCCUUGAGCGCUCCGAUUAAGCUAUUAAACACACGGUUGAGGCGUUUAGAGAGGCUAGCAUUGACAAAGUAAUACCAUAGGACCCAUUCUUUC